AUGUUAUUCCUUCCACUCGUUAUAGCUCUUGUGCUCUCCUUCACUGGAUCGGCUAUCGCUAGCACAAAAUCAUGUGCUAAUAACAACGAUCUCAUGAGAUGCUUCCUCAGCUCAACCCAACUCGCCACGCCGUUCUGCAGCUCUUUCUUGUCCAUCCCAACGGCUACAUUCACGUACACCGCGACUACUACGUCGUAUCUUACUUUGCCCACACUUGCUACGAUUGAGACCGAUGUUAUCGAAUCGUCGGAAUUCAUUACCUCAUAUACUCCGGUUGUGGUCACAACCACAUUGACUUCAACCACUACUUUGAUAACUGAUGCACCUGCGAACAUUGCCAAGCGAGAGCCAAAAGCACCAGCACCAAAACCAUCUCCAACCACGCUCGCCUGCCUCUCCGCUCUUACUGCGAAGUUGGCUCACUCAUCUACGAGCAUCGCCCUUGCCUGCAGCUGCCUCUCCGUCAAGACCUCAACAACAUCCGUAACAUCCACACAAUACGUCACCGCCACCUCCUUCUCCUCCUCCACCGAAACCACCACAACGACAACAAUCCACGAGAUAGUGACCAUCCUCCCAUCCACCACCAUCCAGACGGCAAUCGCCAUGGAGACCGACUCGACCAGCUGCUUCGGCCUAACCAUCUCCAGCGCCUCGGAUUCCUCCCUCAUCGGCCAAGUCCUGGCCCUCACAGCCUCAGACUACGAUCCUGCCGUUGGCCAACUGACACAUUUCACCGACCCUUCCUCCGCAGAGGCAUUCUACCUCAGCUCCGCUAGCGGCCUCGUCUCAGGCCUCAACGGCGCCUUCCCGGGCCAAACCGCCGCAAUAGCCCCCGGCUCGACAGCGUACUAUAUCCAAUUUAUGACUCCGGCCGAUAAAGCGGGUUACGGGCUCGUAAAUUUGGUUUGUGGGGUUGAUCACGGUGGGACCUUGGCUUGUAGGGAUGCCAGUGGGGAGGGAGAUGAUUUGUUGGAGUAUUGCGCGGAUUUGGAGAAUCAUUUGUUGAUUGCUAAUUAUCAGUAUGAUCCUACCUGUGUGACGGUGACGUUGCGGACUGUGCCGAUGUCUUGUCAUGGUGUGGAUUGA